UAAAUGACAAGCCCUGAUCCUGUGUGAGAGACUGUGAGGGUUCAGCAGUUUUAGAGUUGGAUUUCGUGUCAUGUGCUGUCUGCUGUUUGAGUAGCUGCUGAAAAGCAGCCAUGCACUUCCUAGGCUCCGCUGUGCUUUUCUCCAUGGUGUUGCAGGCUGUGUCUGCACAGGUGGAGGAUUGGCAGAUGGCCAAGUCUAUAUAUGAGUUCACCGCCACGGAUAUUGAUGGCAAUGAAGUGUCCCUGGAAAAAUACAGGGGCAAGACAGUCAUCAUCACUAAUGUUGCUUCCAAGUGAGGCAGAACCCCCGUAAACUACUCUCAGUUUGCAGAGAUGCACGCCAAGUAUGCUGAGAGAGGUUUACGCAUCCUGGCCUUUCCAUCCAACCAAUUUGCCAAUCAGGAACCUGGCACCAAUGCACAAAUCAAAGAAUUUGCCAAAUCGUACAAUGUACAUUUUGACAUGUUCAGCAAGAUCAAUGUGAAUGGGCCGAACGCUCAUCCUCUGUGGAAGUGGCUGAAGGAGCAGCCAAACGGCAAAGGACUCUUUGGAAAUGGAAUCAAGUGGAAUUUCACUAAGUUUCUCAUUGACCGCGAGGGCCAGGUUGUGAAGAGAUACUCUCCAAUGAGUGAUCCAAGCGUGGUAGAGAAGGAUCUGCUCGACUAUUUGUAAGCUCUAUGAUAACAUCAUGUGAAUUCAUAUAGCUCAUGUCUAUUCCCUAACCUCUCCUGUGGACUGCUGGGUGUCAGUGGGGUGAAACCCAUGGACUUAUGAAGGUUUGUCUGGAAACUCGUCCUACGGAAAGGACAGACCUGAUGCAUGUGGCGUGCAAAACCUCCUGGGAGGAUCACCAGGGCACAAUCGGUCAACUGGAGAGGGACCCUAUUCCUUCACAGCCCUAAUCCUUUCACAUGAUGAUAUAGAUGUUACUUUAAUUAUUCUUCACCAAACUAUUUCCUUAAUAAACUCACAACAUUUUCAUCUAAA